GGAAUCUUUAAAGCGUCCGUCGCACUGUAUAAAAAUGUUUCAGUACUCGACACGGCAGCAGCCAAGCAACAGCAACAUGAACAUGAACGGCAUGAAGACACCGAAGUCACCGACGGUACUGACGAUGAUGGCCAACAAUAAUGACGACCCUCUCCCUCUCGGCUGGGAAGUAAAGAUUGACCCUCAGACUGGAUGGCCCUUCUUUGUGGAUCACAAUAACCGCACGACGACCUGGAAUGACCCGAGACACGACACGAAAAAGGUCAGAGAAGUAUCAGCAAAUGGACCCAACAUCCCCCCAGAACCAAGCCCUCAGGAGAUACAGAAAAGCUUUGUGAGGGAGAUGAAGCACCCCAUUCUGCGCCCAGGUUAUGUUCCUAUCCCUGUCUUCCAUGAUGGUGCGGAACUGAGGCAGCAACAGCAUCCAUGUUAUUCCUACAUCCAGCCGAACACCGCACAGAAUCUCCGGUCAGACGGGCGGACACCUUCUCCCACGCCGGGGCUCCACUGCAGGCCAAGAUCACCUUUACAUGGACCUUCAGAUAGCUGCUCCGCUGAGCCUGGAAAGGCCAACUCGCCUGUUUCACAGACAGCAGAGGUUUACACUGCCCCGCAUCACCAACCCCCACGGCCCAGCAGCACUGGGCUUCAAGCAGGUUACAUCCCCAUCCCGGUGAUCCACGAGGGUGGAGGAGGCCAAACACAAACUCAGUUAAAUCCCACUGUCUACUCUCAGCGCGUCCCCUACUCAGAGCACCAGCAGCCCUUCCAUCGCCAUCAGGCCGACGAAUGGCCUGGCUACUCUGCAGCAAUGCAGCCUCCCCGGGAAAGAGCUUCUCCAAUACAGAUUCCCCAGCAUCGCGAUGCUACUUCUAUUCACCUCCAACCUCAUAUUAGAAGCCAGUCUCCUAUUGUAACGCAGGUGUUGGGAGAAAGACCACAGGCUCAGCAGCAUGUCCUCACAAGAGACCCGCCCCAGAAAACGGAGCAGGAACAACAAAGCACUCAGCAGAAACCUGAGAACAUGCAGCUCCCCCAGCCGUUGCACACAGAAGCUGACGUCCAAAAGCCUCAACAACCUCAACAGUUCCAGCAGCCUCCCCCUCCUCCUCCUCCUCCUCAGAAACCUCAACAGUUCCAACAGCCGCCACAUCAGCAACCUCAACAGUUCCAGCAGCCUCCAAAUCAGCAACCUCAACAGUUCCAGCAGCCUCCAAAUCAGCAACCUCAACAGUUCCAACAACCUCAGCAGUUCCAGCAGGCACCACCUCAGACAUCUCCACAGCCUCAGCACCCUGAACAGUUAAUGCAGUCGCAGCCCCAGUUCCCGCAGCCCCAGUUCCCGCAGCCCCAGUUCCCGCAGCCCCAGAAACCAGAGCAACCACAACAACACACUGCAGAUAUCACAGUUCAAAUACCUCCAAAACCUGAGGCCCAGGACAUAACAGCUGUUCCCCCAGAUGCCCCACCUGUAAAGGUGGAGGCUGAACAUGCUGCUCAGUGCCCAGUCCACCCAGGCUUGGCUAAGGUACAGCAGAUAGUCGGACGGGUUGCUAAACUGGAGCAUGAGGCUAAAUGUUUUGAUGGAAAGAAGAAUGACAAGAAAUACUUGUUACUGGAGGAGCUGCUGACCAAAGAGCUCUUAGCACUGGACUCGGUUGACCCAGAGGGUCGUGUAGAUGUACGGCAGGCAAGACGGGAUGGCGUCCGACGUGUUCAGAACAUACUGGAAGCACUGGAGCAAAUGGAGGAGCAGCCAGCCAGGCCUGCCAGCGAGACCGCGAUGGAGGGAGACAACCUGACACAGAAAGGAGAGCCCAGAAUGAUCACAAAGGAGAAUGUUGAGUUGGCGAAGGAGAUAUCAUAAUGACUUCACACUUCAUAAUCAAGAGGGGAGGUGGAUAACCUGCUGUAUAUUUGAUAGUGAACAAGUCUGCUCCGGCUAACUCUCCUCCUCCUCCUCUAUCUACAGCAUUUGUGGAAGUUGCAUGCAUUGAUUAACAGUGUUGGUAUUUCCUGCCAUUCAGCACAUAAUUGAUGGUAGCUCAGUGCAAUCAUGUUUUUCAAGCCAAUGUUGUUGCCUUCCAUGUUGUGCCAAUGUCUUCAUAAUAAGACAGCUGUCAUGAGCAAGGUGUUAUCAACAAUUUCUAGUCAAAUUGAAGUUUGAAUAAGAGGCCUUUAUCAAUAAAUGGAAGAAAAGUAGAAGUAUUUUCUUAAGAAAUGUUAUGUGUGGUUGCCUUUUGUCUUGAUCAAAUAUUGUAUGAAGCUUUUCUUAAUCCAGUCAGCAAAUCAGUUAGUACACGAGUGCAAACAUUUGGGGCUUUAAAGCAGAACUCACUGCAAAACUCAGUCAACAGAAAAGCAUUUUCCCCUUUAUAGCCACAUGGCCAUGUUGGAGCAGCUGCUUUGUCACACUACACAGUGAAUAUGUUUAUUAGAUGCUGCUUUUUGGUGCAUUACUGAUUUUGUCGUCUUUGCACUUUGCCAUCAUUGAAAUGUAUCAUGCUGAAAGAUCAGCAGCACUUCAGUUGAUUAUAUACGUUACACAAUUUUUUGAUUGAUGUGUUUGAGUGUUUGUAUGUGCAUUGGUUUACUUGUUAUUUCAAAAACAUUAUAUCAGUAUUUAUAUCAUUAUAUAGUAUUUUGGUACAUUUAUGAAUGUGUAAUGACAAAUGGAGGUGAGAUGUGUAUCUUGCUUGAGAUGUCAGACAAUCAGCACUUGGUGCUAAUGAGGAAUCACAGUUUAAGAUUGUCAGAAUGUAUAACUACCACAGCCACAAUCUGUAAUAACGCUAACACAAAAAAUUGCCUUAGAAAUGCCAACUGUGAGAAAGUGCCCGAUUUCUAAAGAGAUUAAGUGCAAGAAAACUUCAAUCUGUCAUGUCAAAAGGUUCAAAACAAUUUUUAAGAUUACACUAAUUGUUUGUGUAAUAAUCUGUCACUAUAAUACGAUCUGUAAGGUAGGGUCACUGCAUAACACACCUUUACAAAUUAUGGAUUGUGGUGUAGUGUUAAUCACUGUUUAUGAGUAGCAGACUGAUGCAUUGUUGAAAGCAAUUCACGUUGGUAUGUUUGAAAAUAAAAUGUAUUUGACAUGAA